UUACGAGACGUUUACUGUAUUAUUAUACCGGUGUCAAAUCGGUUUCAAGUUAUUAGUAUUAGAUCUAGAUCUAUAAUUCAGAAUUAAGAGUAAUCCAUAGGUUUAUUAGGUAGGUCUAGAUCUAGAUUAUGUCUUCAACAGCAAAUCAUUCUCAUUCUGUAUUGUUUGUCUGUUUAGGUAACAUAUGUAGAUCAACAAUGGCUGAAGGAAUUUUUCAACACCUUGUUCAGCAAAGAGGUUUAAAAGAUAAAUGGCUGAUAGACAGUGCGGGUACAGGUGAUUGGCAUAUUGGCAAGUCACCGGAUGAUAGAACCAUGCAAGUUCUUAAGAAAAAUGGUAUUAAAGGAUAUAAACACAGUGGGAGAUUGAUCACGGAAGAUGACUUCACAACAUUUGAAUACAUCUUUGGUAUGGACCAUGCUAAUAUAACAGAUAUAAAUGAUAUUGCUCCUGCAAAUAGUACUGCUAAAAUUUCACUUUUAGGAAGUUAUGAUCCACAGAAAGAACUGAUUAUAGAAGAUCCAUAUUUUGCCUAUAAUCAUAAUAAAAAUGCUUUCAAUGAAGUCUAUGAACAAUGUAUGAGAUGUUGCACUGCAUUUUUGGAUUCUGUUAGCAAAGACUAGAAUUUUUUAAAAUAAAGCUUUUUAUUUAAAUU